AUGGAUGAACCUACUCCUGUCAUCGAGGGCGUCUUCGCCGUUCACAAGCCAAUCGCUGUCUCGUCCGCCCAAGCUCUCCGCGAUCUCCAAAAACACUUGAACCCCUCCAAGACAUUCGCUCCCUGGAUCCAAGCCGAAAAGAACAAACGCGACGCCGACGCUGCUAGAAACUUCGGCAAGCGUUCGCGCAAACAGAGACAACCUGUGCAAGUCAAGCUCGGUCAUGGCGGAACCCUCGAUCCUCUGGCUACUGGCGUCUUGGUUGUAGGAGUCGGCAGUGGCACCAAGAAAUUGCAAGGUUUCCUCGACUGCACAAAGGUGUAUGAGACUGUUGUCGUCUUUGGCGCUGCAAGUGAUACCUAUGACGUUGAGGGCAAGGUCGUCAAGAAAGCUCCUUAUCAGCACAUUACCAAGAGCAUGGUUGAGGAAGCCCUUCAAAAGUUCCGCGGCGACAUCAUGCAGCGACCUCCUAUCUUCUCCGCUUUGAGAGUGCAGGGCAAGAGACUUUACGAAUACGCCAGAGAAGGCAAGGAGGUUCCUGUCGAGAUUCAAGAACGUGCUGUCACGGUAUCGCAACUGGACAUGGUUGAGUGGUUGGAGCCUGGUACACACAAGUACAAUUGGCCCGAGAAGGAGGCUGAAGACGAGGAGAAGAAGGCUGUGGACAAGCUAUUGCCGCAAGUCGCUGUCGAGACUCAGGCUACUGCUGGUCAGGGAGCACAACCCGACACCGACGACUUGAAGAGAAAAAGAGAGGGUUCAGAUGGGCCAGAGGCCAAGAAAAUGAAGAGCGAUGGAGCAGAGGCAGCGGAUCAAGCACCCACAGUCGACACAGACGCUGUGACGGAAGAGAGGAAACCAUGUCCAGCACCCGCAGCCCGUAUAAGAAUGACUGUCUCGUCAGGCUUCUACGUUCGCAGUCUAUGUCAUGACCUAGGUGCAGCCGUUGGCUCGCUUGGACUCAUGGCAGCAUUGGAGAGAUCACGACAAGGUGAAUUCGAGCUGGGCAGAAACGUGCUCGAGUUUGAAGAUCUGGAAAAGGGCGAGGAUGUCUGGGGUCCCAAGCUUACAGAUUUGCUGGCACAAUGGGAGAAGGAUCAUCCUGAGGGACAGAACGGUCACACUCGCAUUCCUGCUAAGAGACAAGGAUCGCCUGCUCCUGUUGCACCUGCUGCUCCCGCUGCAGAUCAAUGA